UUAUGAGAAGGUGAAACAAGGCGAUUUUUGUUCCUCUUUUUUCUUUAUUUAUUUAUGUCAUAUUUACAUUACUUUAUAUGUCUACAUACUGAUGUGAUGUCUGUUUGUAGACAAAAUAUAUAAUAUAAAUAUUCAUUUAUGUUCUUCAAUAAAUAAAAAAAGGCCAGAUUUACGUCACAGCUUUUCUGAUUUACGGUACCACCGGUGCUGCAGAAACGAGUGAACGGUGGUAGAAGAUUAGCUCUUAUGGCUACAUUUCCUGACACUGACUAAUUUAUCAAGGAAAAAACGACAAUUGUGAUUUUUGAUACUUGUAAAGCGUACAUGUUCGUGUCCGAACGCAUAGCGGUAACCACAUAUUCUGACAGGCGAGUGCUGAGGUAGACAUCUACUUUUCUAGCUAGCAGGCAGCAGUCCCUCAUCGUGUAGCCACUCAAGUUCCCUCAGGAUCUGUCUUUUUUUUUGUUACCGAUUCUUCCGUUUUUUUUUAAAGAACAUGCCUAUUCAACUGACAAGCCAGGCAUACUGUAAAAUGCUUUUACAUACUGCCAAGUAUCCUCACUUUGCCGUGAAUGGAUUGCUGGUGGCAGAAAAGACGAAGGAGAAAAAGAAAGACAGCCACACUGAACCUGUCUUGUGUGUGGACUGUGUGCCGCUGUUUCACGGCACUCUUGCUCUGGCCCCAAUGCUAGAAGUAGCUUUAACACUGAUCGAUACUUGGUGUAAAGAAAAUAAUUACAUCAUUGCUGGAUAUUAUCAAGCAAAUGAACGCACGAAGGAUUCAAGACCUAACCAAUUUGCAGAAAAGGUGGCGGCAAGGAUUUCUGAAAACUUCCAUGAAGCAGCAAUUGUUAUGCUGGACAGCAGUAGAUUCACCAUGAGCUGUUUUGAGCCUAUUGUGCUUAUCUAUGACCAUCAUGAAAACAAGUGGAAAAGCAGAGAAGUGACUUUUGACUGUUUUGAAGACUGGAGCGAAGCACAGAAGAUCACAUCUUCUCUGUUAGAGGGCAGAUCCUACGAGAACUUGAUUGACUUUGACAAUCACUUGGAUGAUCUGAGGAACGACUGGACCAACCCUGUGAUCAACAAGGCCGUCCUGGAUCUGUGCUAAGAGAAUCGGUCUGCAGCACCUUGGACAUGCAGACAAAUAUUGCUGCCGUUACAGCAUGCAUGAUGCUACUUGAUGUGUAGCGCAGGAGUACAAAAAUGCUGGAAACAUGGUCUUUGUUCCAUCAAAAGCCCCUCGUACUGAGGAGAACUUGCAGAGCACUGACCGGUACGGCCCAAAUCUCUCAAGGCCAAGCGCCAUAUGUGCACUGUUGGCGUGUCCACCUUCACAAGGUGAUACCGAGGUGAUGAAGGCAAUUUAGUUUUUGACUGCAACUUUAAGGUUUUUUUCUGCAAUAGUUUGUGUUUAUUCAUAGUUGUGCAAGUUAAAUUCUAAAUUAUUUGAUACAUUUUUCCUCUUAAAUUGUAAUACUAAUAGCCAUACAGAGAUCGUCCUAAAUUAUUAAAACAUGAAUAGUAGAAAUGUAAGGAGAUGAUUGUACUAAUGAGAUAUGAUAGAUGCUGUUUAUUAAAUGUUUAGAUUAUUUUUAACCCUGGAACUUAAUUCACACAGAAAUAUGGUCUGAAAACGUUUGGGGCAGUUUAUUUAAAAUGAUUAAUAAAUGCGUGUAAAGAUGAACUGAAAAGACAGGACUCUUCAAAGGUCUGUCUUUUCUGACUGUCAUUCUCUGGAUCCACCAGCAAUAUUAAUGUGAUGAUUAACUCCAAAGGUUUCACUUUUAAAUGAUUCAUUCUUCCACAAA